ACAGAUGUGCUUGCUGUGAAUUUCUGCGGUAUCUGGACUUUUUGUACCACAGGCGAUAACACUUUCCUUCCUGUGAAUUUUUUUUUCUUCUUUCAUUUUGUACAUAUUUUCCAUAAAGGGAGUGAAAUGGAGACACUGAAGAAAUAUGUAUCAGUGAAAGAUGAAGAUCGGUUUUAUCAUCAGGGAGCUGUGGAGUUGCUAGUCUUUAACUUUCUGCUCAUUCUUACAAUAUUAACAAUUUGGUUGUUUAAAAACCAUCGAUUCCGUUUUUUGCAUGAAACCGGAGGAGCUAUGCUUUAUGGCCUUUUAAUGGGAUUAAUUAUAAGAUACGCAACAAAAGCAUCAGAUGUUGAAAGCGGAACUGUGUAUGAAUGCGAAAAGCUGAAAUCUGGGCCAUCCACUCUACUUAUUAAUAUAACUAAUCAAGUCUAUGAAUAUCAAUACAAAAGAGAGAUCAGCCAUCACAAUGUCAAUGGUCACCAAGGGAAUGCAAUGCUUCAGAAGAUGACAUUUGAUCCUUCCAUCUUCUUCAAUAUUUUGCUGCCACCCAUCAUAUUUCAUGCUGGAUAUAGUUUAAAGAAGAGACAUUUUUUUCGUAACUUAGGAUCAAUUUUAACCUAUGCCUUUUUGGGAACUGCCAUCUCCUGCAUUGUCAUAGGAUUGAUAAUGUAUGGCUUUGUGAAGGCUGUAGUACACAUUGGCCAGUUAAAAGAAUGGGAAUUUCACUUCACUGACUGUUUAUUUUUUGGAUCUCUGAUGUCUGCCACAGAUCCAGUGACAGUCCUUGCUAUUUUCCAUGAGCUGCACGUGGAUACAGAUUUGUACACACUCCUGUUUGGCGAGAGUGUCCUAAAUGAUGCUGUGGCUAUUGUUCUGACACACUCUAUAUCCAUUUACAGUCCUAAGGAGAAUCCCAACACAUUUGAUGCUGCUGCUUUCUUCCGGUCAGUGGGAAAUUUCCUGGGAAUCUUUGCUGGAUCAUUUGCCAUGGGAUCCUCUUAUGCUGUUGUCACAGCUUUAUUGACAAAAUUUACAAAGCUGUGUGAGUUUCCUAUGUUGGAGACAGGUCUGUUUUUCCUCCUAUCCUGGAGUGCCUUCUUAUCAGCAGAAGCCGCUGGUCUUACGGGUAUUGUUGCUGUCCUUUUCUGUGGAGUUACACAGGCCCAUUAUACCUACAACAAUCUGUCACCAGAUUCCAAAAUGAGAACAAAACAGUUGUUCGAGUUCAUGAAUUUUUUGGCUGAGAACGUCAUCUUCUGUUACAUGGGACUCGCAUUAUUCACAUUUCAAAAUCAUACCUUCAAUCUCCUUUUUAUAUUUGGUGCAUUUGUUUCAGUUUUUGUGGCAAGAGCUUGCAACAUAUACCCACUUUCUUUCCUUUUGAAUUUGGGUCGAAAACAAAAGAUUCCCAGGAACUUUCAGCACAUGAUGAUGUUUUCAGGUUUACGUGGCGCAAUAGCAUUUGCAUUGGCUAUUCAAGACACAGAAUCCCAACCCAAACAAAUGAUGUUUACAACAGCUCUACUUAUUGUGUUUUUCACAGUCUGGGUAUUUGGUGGGGGCACAACACCAAUGCUCACGUGGCUUCAGAUCAGAGUCGGCGUAGAUCCAGAUGAAGAUCUGAAAGCAGAAGCUGCAAGCCAGACUGCAUCUAACUUGGAUAAAAAUACAACCAAAGCUGAAAGUGCAUGGCUGUUCAGAAUUUGGUAUGUCUUUGACCAUAAAUACCUUAAACCCAUCUUAACCCACACUGGUCCACCUCUAACAACGACAUUACCCAACUGGUGUAAUCCUGUUGCCAGGCUUCUGACCAGCCCCAGUGCAUACAGCGAUCAACUGAAGGAUGAUGACACAGAUUAUAUCAUAAAUAAUGAUGAAUUGACUGAAAACUAUGAAUCGUCUGCUCACACACCAGGGCCAGCACAAGACAGAACAGGCUCAACCCAGGCUGCAGGCAAGGAAGAUAUUAAUGAAGGAGAUCUAGGAUUAGGAAGGUACAAACUCCAGGUUGAACACACUGCAGGUCAACCCCAGAUGACUUCACUGGCAUGAACAAUGUAAUGUUAAUCAUAAGAAAUAGGACUAAAAGGGAAAUAAGAGAUACUAUUACAUGAACAAGAGACUGGAAAAUGUACUAAUCACAAAGUCAAAGAAAACUUAAAUUUUACCAACUAAAUGCCUGCUUCCCCCAAGAUUUUACCAUCAUCUAUAUUCCUACAAUAACAUGCAAGUUUUCUGAUUGCAGCCAUUUUUAUUAAAAAUAUGUAGGGCACUGCCAGUCCACUGUAACUCAUUACAGUCAGGUGUUGCCUCAUCACUCGACUGUACCACAUCCCUCACAUGUAGACAAGCCUUUAAGUGUUGCUUACUAGUCUUUAGUCAGCUGUAAUGGAGAGAAAUAGCUUUCUAGUAUACUCAUGCUCACACGAUGACAGCAUAUUUUAUAUAGCUGGUCCUGAACAGAUCAACAGAUAGCUACUAUUCCAGUAGCUUUUACAUUUAUAUAGAUGAAGCAGAAGACUGUCUAAUGUGAUCUAAAAAUACUUAAGACAUGCAUUGCAGAAUCUCAGUCUUGUUAGAUCAAACUCCUUCAUACUCAAGAGUAUAGACUCUUCCUAACAACCAAGCCAACAUUUGCUUUCCAAAUGCACCUAUAGCCUAGUCCAUAUAGGGCUGCACCAGGUUGCCACGAACUGAACAUGAAGAGUAGAAAAAAUUUAAGUCUAUUGAAUCAGCAACAAAUCUCCUUUUAUUGCUGCACUGAAUGGGCAUGACCACUACUUAAAAAGCAAUUAUUCCACAGGGCAUUUGUCAUUACAGCUUCGCAGAACAGAAAGUUUCCCAGCAUGUAAAAAAAAUGUUGUUUUGUAAGAUCAUUCUAAAUGUAUAUUUUAAUUCAAGUUGACUAUUUCUUCUAUUGUUCAAUUAAAGUGAGUUGUUUCUAACCAAA